AAGUUGUGAAUUUGUUUUUUUUUGGUUAUAAUUGUCUUAAUUUUUCAUCGAGUUAACCGAGUUAUAGUGAUUGUCUCGUUUGUUGGCCACAAUCCUCCGCAACGACAAUGACCAACAAGACCAAUGUCCGCACUUCGGCCGCAGCGGCGGCGCCGCAACUGUCUGUCACCGCUAUGUUUGACGACAUGUGUCGGUCCGGCAAUGCAUUGGUGGACACCACUGACGAUGAGAGGUUUGCACAACUGGUGGUCAACUUCGAGAGCGUUCGGUGUCUAUGGCUUGAGACCAGAGCUGAGUUGAUUUUAACGCAACAGAAGGUAACGGAUAUGACUGAAGAGAGAAAUAAAUUGGAGGAAUCACUGAAACGGCUUAGACUUGGUUUUGCCAAAGAGCUGAAGGAAAAGGAUUUCCACCGAAAGCAAUCAAAUCUACUGAUGAAACAGUUGACUGCAAUUAAAGACUUUGUGUUGAAUGAGACGGACAGCAGUCCCGAAGAGACCAGAGACCGGCUCCUGUCGUACAUACCUCUGGACACUGUACUCGAAGAACACGAAUCCGAUAACUCGUUCGAAGACCUGCUUUACGAUAAGAGCGGAGAUGAUAUCGUCGACGAGUCCACCAAACAUACGCUGAUCCGCAAGAGUUUGGCCCCAAAUACCGCUGAAACCACACAAAUACCAACUUCUAUGGAUGUCGUGUCCAUCAGUAGCGAAAAGUCUGACACAAGUCUUCGGCGAAGUAAAAGCGAUACGAGUCUCACAAAAGCCGAUCCAACAGAUAAUCGAAAGACCAUUAAAUCGGUUUCGGACGCCAUCGAUGUCGGCAAAGAAAACAUUGAUAUCCGGUAUUUGAUGAGUACUCCGGCACUGAAGAGGCCGUCAUCGGCAGCGCUGACAUCGCAACAAUUCCUCUCAACGGUUUCCCUUAAGACUGGAUUCGCUGUUAAGGCGCACACUUUUCAGACCAAACGGGCGCUCACUUCCACUAAAUGCCGGGUCUGUAACAAAGGGAUCACUUUUUUGUCCCAUUAUGUGUGCUGUGAAGUGUGUCUCGGGUUGGCUCACAGUCAGUGCAAGGAUCGGCUGCCCAUACCGUGCAUACCAUUCCGUAAGCAGACCUCAAGCAAACACCUGACGGGCAGCUCUACGCGACACAUGUCACUGAUCGCCGACUUCGCGCCCGACAUCCGACCAAUGGUUCCCUCAAUUCUGGUCCACAUAUUCAAAGAGAUCGAGAGCCGCGGUCUUCACGAAGAGGGCAUUUAUCGGAAAGCGGGCGCCGAAGUGGCGGUCAAAGAGUUGACCCGAAAACUGGUUAACCCGAAGACCAGAACCCAAUUGUUGGAGUCGUACGACAUUCACCUUCUGGCGAAUGUUGUCAAACAAUUUUUGCAACAAUUGGACGAACCGCUCAUCACUAAAGUCUUGUGGAGGGAUUUCAUCCGCGCUUCAGAGUCCCAUAAGAAUCUGAUGAACGCCAAAGCGUUGGCCAAAGUGUUUGCGCCGACAGUUGUGGGCCAUCCGGACGCCACCGUCCCGUCGGUUGAGAUGGUGUCCCGAAAUAAGGUUCAAAUCAAACUAAUGGAGGCUUUCUUUGCCAUUCCGGAGGAAGAGUAUCGAAAACUAUUAACGGAAGCCGAGUUUACAUACAGUACUUGUGGCACAAACACGAAGUGGUCGCCCAGCCGUCGACGUAAACGCCGAUCGUCUCUCGCAAACACCGGUCCACUCACUCCCAUCCGAUCUUCACUCAUGUCUAUCAAAGAGACCGAAACUAACAACGAUUUGAAGCCUUUAUUUUAAUAGUUGUUUAAUUAUUUAACCCGUUUUUAAUUCAAUUUAAUAUAUAGAGUAUUUAAGGUAUUUAUAUUUUAUACAAAUUAUAGCAAUCAUUG